AUGGAAACCGUCAAAUGUGUCCUUGUAGGAGAUCCAUCAGUGGGCAAGAGCUGGCUCAUAACAACAUACAUAACAGGCAAGAACCCCGAGGGAUACAUCCCCACCCUUUUUGACAAGUCAAGUAAGGAGGUUUCCCGAGAAGGCCAGAAAUACAGCAUAACACUGUGGGAUACCGCAGGAAGCGACGAGUACAAAAAGCUGCGCGGACAGUUUUUCCAGGAAGCCGAUGUGUUUUUGAUAUGCUAUGCAAUCGACAACGCUGCCUCGUUUAAAAGCACACGGGCAUGGAUUGAAGAGCUCUCUAAAUACAAUGUCCCGAUGAUUCUUUGUGGCACAAAAUGCGAUGUGAUUGAUGGUGAUUUGAUUGACAGGGCACUUCCCGAGGCGUUGAAAAGCGAGUAUGGCCUCUAUGAAUCAAUAGAAUGCUCAUCGCUGGAGCUUGUAAACGUAAACAAGGUGUUUUGUGUGGCACUGGAUGCAGUCUUGAAAGCAAGGCGCUCUAGGGCAGAGCCUGCCUGGAUGUGGAUGUGCUGCUGCAAGUGUAUCUGA